AUGUCUGGCACUGCUCCUGGCAUCGAGAAGUAUGCCGCGUCUUCUGGUAGUUCAGAAACCUCUGAUAUCCUCGAUUUGAAGGAUGAUGAAGGUUGGGAAGAUGCAGAGCCAGACCAAGAGGAUACUCAGUUCAUUUCGUUGUUGGGUGAUGAAGUAUUUACGGAUAUUGAAGCUAUGUUGAAUCAUUGCAAGGAAAAGUACGAAUUCGAUUUCCUCGAGAUCAGGCAGAGACUAGGUCUAGACUUCUACGGCAACAUCAAAUUGGUCAACUAUAUUCGAUCCCAAGUUCAUAGUGGUCAAAAGGUUACAUCAAACAUUUCUCGCAAUGAUUUUGACGACGAAAAGUAUCUUAAGCCAAUUCUCGAGGAUGAUGCACUGCUGUUCAGUCUCGACGAACUUCCCGAGGUCAUGGAGGAUGUCCAAAGCGUAGACAAGGGCAAAGGAGUGGAUGUUGAAUCUGGAGCUUUGGUUGCUCGGGUUUCCGAGCUGGAGGAGGAGUUGCGGAAGAUGCAACUGCAGUUCGACAAUUACAGAGCUACCGUGUCAGAAACAUUGGACGAACGAUGGAAUGAGCGCAGUCCGAGCGGCCCAUCGAAGCCUGACGGAGAAGCGAAGGAAGAAAAGCGGGAUGAUGAUACCCAUUAUUUCAGCUCAUACUCCUACAAUGAUAUCCAUGAAACUAUGCUGAAGGAUACAGUCCGGACCGACGCCUACCGAGACUUCAUCUACAACCACAAGUCUCUGUUUGCGGGCAAGACCGUCCUUGAUGUUGGCUGUGGAACUGGAAUCCUGAGCAUGUUCUGUGCCAAAGCUGGAGCAGAAAAAGUCAUCGCAGUAGACAAUUCAGCGAUCAUUGACAAGGCUCGAGAGAACAUCUUCAGCAAUGGCUUUGCUGACAAGAUCACCUGUCUCAGGGGCAAAGUUGAAGAAGUUACUCUUCCAGUCGACAAGGUGGAUAUCAUUGUCAGCGAAUGGAUGGGUUAUUGCUUGCUGUAUGAGGCCAUGCUCGACAGCGUCAUCUGGGCGAGGGACAAGUACCUGAAACCUGAUGGUCUUAUGGUACCAAGUCAUAUGAACAUGUGGGUAGCUCCUGUUGCCGAUCCGGACUAUAUCGCAGACCAUAUUGCGUUUUGGAGAGAUGUUUAUGGUUUCGACAUGAAGGCUAUGCAAGCUGGUAUUCACGAAGAUGCGCAAGUGCUCGACAUGCCUAAUAGCACGCUUUGUGCGGAGCCAUUCCCAUUCCUGCAAUUAAGCUUACACACAACCACUGUCAAGGAUCUGGUCUUCAAGCGCAAGUGGCAAGCAAAGUUGAAGCAAGACAUCGAUGCGUUGGAUGGCUUUAUCAUUUGGUUUGACUCGUUCUUCAUGCCAUCUCGAGAUGAUGUUGUACCCGAGGAUGCAAGAGCUGAGGAAUGGGCAAAGGCAGAGAAAAUGGGGAUUGCAUUCACUACUGGUCCUGGCGGAAAGGUAACUCACUGGAAACAGGGUGUGAUGCUCAUCGACAAUACCAAAGCAAUCCCAACCAGCCGGAAGGAAGGAGAAGAAUUGAGUGGCGAGCUAGAGUACGCAGUGCCGGAAGACAAUUCUCGAGCUCUGAACGUGGGCUUGACCUGGAUUUUUGGUGAAGAAAAGGAUGUCUCACAGACUUGGAGAAUGAGGUGA